AAACUAAAAAUGGAGAGCGAAUUGUCGGGAAUCUCUAAUGAAAAUCAAAUCUCGUUUUUCGGAUUUUCGGCCGGUUCGUUCAGCGAUUCCAUUUUCAAUAUUUACGUCGACGCAUGGGAAGAAGUUUGCAGCAAUGAGUUUAAGAACUCAUUGAAAAAGCUCACCGACAAAGACCGUCUCUGCUUGCUAUCCUUCCCAUUCAGCGACAAAACUAACGAGAAAGCAUUCAAAAUGAUGAAGAGAUUCUGCGUCACAAAUAUCUUCAGAAUUCCCGCCUCUGUGACUCUUCCAGAAUGCAAGAAAAUGCUCAUCGCGUCGGCCAAGGAGCACAAAAGUCUGAAACAGGUCGAGAAGGAGUUCGACGAGAAAUUGGAGAAAAUUCGACAGCUCCGCAUCAAACUGGCAAAACGACAUGACGAGCUAGAAGCAGUGAACAAUGCUAUUGAAGUGCUCCAUGUGAUGGAGAAGAGCCAAGAGCAGCUUAUAAGCCAGAAGAGAAUUGUCCCCGAUAGCCCAACACGAAUGUCUCCAGUUUAACCUUAUUUGUUCGAAAAUCGAUAUUUUAAAUAUUUGAUUUCUCUUUAUUUUCUUUUUUUUUAAUCCUAUGCUAAUUUUUUUCUUGAGCUCAAAUUUGAGUGCUUAUGAAGCUACACAUUUACCAACUUAAACAACUAUAUAAAAAUAAAUUUAUUUUUGAGAAA